AUGAUGGAAAAAGCGUUCAAAUCAUCGUUACUUCUGACCCCAGAGCAGGUGGUAACCUUCAGGCCUCGGGGGUAUCAGCUGGAAAUGCUGGACGCGAGCAUGAAGCAGAACAUCAUUGUAGCGAUGGAUACCGGUAGUGGGAAGACUCAUAUAGCCGUGUUGCGCAUCAAGGCCGAGCUCGAAAUCUGUGCAUCGCACAAAUUGAUCUGGUUCUUGGCACCAACUGUGGCCCUUUGCUUCCAGCAGCAUGAAGUUCUGAAAACACAAAUUCCGAACGUGCAAAUUUGCUUGUUGACUGGCCUGGACAACGUUGAUCGCUGGACAGAACAGUCCGUUUGGGACAAGGCGCUGCAAGAUAUCCGUAUAGUUGUAUCCACCCACGCUGUGCUGGCGGAUGCCUUGAAUCAUGGCUUCGUCCGGAUGUCGCACUUGGCUCUGAUUGUAUUCGACGAAGCACACCACUGUAGGCGCCGACACCCAGCGAAUAGAAUCAUGGAAUUGCACUACCACCCGCUGCGGAAAAGCCAUGGAGCACAUGCGGUGCCGAGUAUCCUGGGACUAACGGCCAGUCCAAUCGUUCGAUCUAAUAAGGAGGAAUUGCAAGCAAUAGAAGCAAAUCUCAAUGCUGUAUGCAAGACGCCCCGGGUAAACCGUACCGAGCUGCUUGAAUGUGUCCAUCGACCCCAUCUCGAACGCCUCAGCUACACACCAACUGCACCGGAUAAAAAUCCCCACAGUCGACUUUUGCAUCCACUCGGACGUUGUAUCCAAAAAUAUAAUGUCCAAGACGACCCAUACAUCGAACUCAUGCGACAGGACCCAGAUCACCUGGCAGAGGCGCAUGAGUUUCUCGUUUCGGGUAAGACCUUUUGCAAGGAACAACUUGUCAAGUUCGUGGAACGCAGCGUGCACAUGUACAAGGAGCUCGGGGGCUGGGCCACGGACUUCUUCAUCAAGGCAUCAAUCGAGCAAUUCCGGCUUUCGGUCGAGAAUGACAAGGAGAUGACGGGCAUCAAACGCAAGGAACGGGUGUAUCUCUUGGAACUUCUUAUGGGUAUGUCUGUGCCAGAAAACGAAUCAGAGAGUUUCCAUAUUUCACACAAGCUAGCGACACUGUUUGAAUACCUGAAACAAAUGGAUCAAGCCGACUUCUCUGCAAUUGUCUUCGCCCAAAGACGGGCGGUUGUUGGCGUGCUAGCACAGUUAAUUUCGCUGCACCCCAGAACAAAGGGAAUGUUUCAAAGCGCUCCAUAUGUGGGAUGGUCAUCAUAUCAAAAUGGCGAUUGUCUGGGUGAUCUUGUGAGCAAGGACAUGCAAGGAGAUACUCUAUCGGAAUUCAGAGCCGGUAGAAAGAACCUCCUCGUGGCAACUGAUGUCCUGGAAGAGGGUCUUGAUAUUAGCUCGUGCAGUUUGGUGAUUUGCUUUGACAAACCAGCAAACUUGAAGUCAUUUGUCCAGAGAAGAGGCAGAGCACGUCGACAAGCGUCAAUAUACACUAUCAUGGCAUCUAUAGAGGAUGACAAGAUUGAUGUGGCAAAAUGGCAACAGCUAGAGAGAGUUAUGGUGGAUACCUAUUUGGAUGAUAGAAGACGGCAGAAGGAAAUGCAGGACCUGGAACGAUAUUCCGAAAUAGUCGAAGGGCUUUUGUUUGUUCCUUCCACCAGUGCUUGUCUGUCUGCUGAUGAAUCUGUCCAACACCUGCAUCAUUUUUGUUCAGUGUUACCAAAGUCAAAAGACAACGACAAUCGUCCCAUCUUCACAUUCGAAGAAGACAGCACUGGUUUGGUGCAGGCAAGUGUUCUACUUCCAUCCUCGGUUCACCCUGCUGUCCGUCGAGCCCAAGGACAAAGCUGGUGGCGUACAGAACGUGCUGCAACAAAAGAAGCUUCCUUUCUGGCUUACGAGGCCCUCUGGCGAUACGGGCUCGUGAAUGAUAACCUUCUACCAGCGACUCAGAAAACGGAACUAGAAAUGUCCAACGCGAUGACAGCACCCACCCAGUCUAGCAGUGUCUGGAUUGCAGGGCAGUAUGACCCAUACGUGUGUCUGGCGUGUGCAUGGACAUCGCCUGGGCGGUACUAUCAGACGGAACUAACCUUCUCGAUCGACGGUAUCGUCGAUGAGAACCUAACCACGUCGAUAGUAUUGCCCAUGCCGGUGGCCAUGCCCGCGCCAAUCACCCUCUACUGGUCCCUGGAAAGGCAGCUCCUGGUACAGUUCUCGUCUCCGAAGCUUCUGACUGGUAUGGCACCGGAGCACAUCUCGACGAUGCAGCAGAUCACCGCCCUACUCCUCAAGGCACCUUCUUCUCGAGGCAAUCCUAAGAAGGAAGACUACGUUGUUCCUUUUGUUCCAAAUAUCCCGCCAGAGCAGUUCGAAGAUUGGCUGAAAGACAAUGAUGGAACGGAGCUGGUAAUGGAAUCCUUUGAGCGUGACCCUGCCGGGGCUCCAAUGGGUUUUAUCCGAGACACAUCCAUUUACGCCGAAGCGCGUAUCUUCAUCAACUGGGUCGUCGACCAGACAAAGCAGACCGUGAGCAUGGAAUGCCAAUCCCUGCCCCAGCGUCGAAACCUCCUGAACCCAGCCACGAUGUAUCAAGGGUCCAAGAUGGGCGGUUCUCCAGCUCUCCCGCCAAAGGUACAAGUCUUUCCGGCAACUGGAUGCACAGUUAGCAAAGUCCCUGCCCAGACGGGCAUCGUUGGGCGCUUUUUCUCCGCUAUUCUCGACAGAUUCGAGGCAACACUAGUUGCACAGGAGUUAGCCAGCACGAUCCUGAAGGGGGUCGGCUUCAACGACAUCGGCCAUGUCUUGACGGCAAUCACCAUGCCCAUUGCCCAAGCCCGGACUGACUAUCAGCUGUAUGAGUUCUUCGGAGACUCUGUGCUGAAGUACACUGUGGCUUGCCAGCUCUACUACGCCAAUCCAACAUGGCAGGAAGCGCGCCUCUCGGUAGAAAGAGAUAAGUUCAUUAGCAAUGCGAAUCUCACUCGCUCGGCCUUGCUAGCUGGUCUCGACGCAUACAUCCUGGCGGACCGGUUCACGCCGACAAGCUGGUCAGCGCCUUCGAUGGAAGAAAAGCUUUCGAGGGAAAUUCCAAAGCGCCAGCUUGCCAACAAAGUCAUUGCAGACGUUGUGGAGGCAUUGAUUGGAGCUGCGUACAUGGACGGUGGCAUGGAAAAAGCGCAGACAUGUCUGUAUCGCUUCUUGCCAGAAGUAGACAUUCUGCAGGACGGCCUUCCCUCUCAUUGCAACCGUCCGAUGGCAGGGAAGGGACCUGGAUAUCAUCACUCAGCAUCUUCCCUGGGCGUUGGGACCGACAGAGGUCCUGGAUGCGAUUACCCAACAUCCCUGGGGGUGUUACUGGGCUACACCUUCAACGAUCCGUCGCUGCUGAGUGAAGCCCUAACUCACGCCUCCGGUAGCCACGACGGCAGCCAAAGCUACAACCGCCUCGAAUAUCUCGGCGACGCAGUCCUGGACAUGAUAGUCGUCUCGAGUCUCGCCAUCCUUCCCCAGAAGAUUCCCCAGGGCCAAAUGACACUCCUCAAGCACGCACUCACAAACGCCAAUCUACUCGCGUUCCUAUGUAUGGGCCUCUACAUAGAAGAUCAAGACCCUUCCUCCGACCCGAUUCAUCCACCCAAGAGAAUCCACCUGUACGACUUUCUGCGCUACAACGGUGAUAUCACAGACAAGGCCCGCAAAGCGAGUAUAGCUCGCUACAACACGUACCGCGAGGAGACAACCACCGCCCUCCAAUCCAGUGACCAGUACCCCUGGCUACCCCUGGCGCAAAUGCACGCGGACAAGUUCUUCUGCGACAUCGUCGAGUCUACUAUCGGGGCUAUAUUCGUUGACUCACGCGGUGACUUGGAAGCAUGUACAUCCUUCGCAGAACGAGUCGGUAUCCUGCCCAUUCUCCGCCGAUUCAUCCAAGAUGGCGUCGACGUGCAGCACCCACGCAAUAAAGCACAGGGUAUCCUCAAGGAAGAGCGAAUGGUUGAAUUCAAGAUCACCGGCGUGCUGAAAAAUUACACCUGCACCGCGCGGUACGGGCCUAAGCAGGGCCCGCUCGAGGCAAUACAGGUUGUUGAGGGUGUGGCUUUCCGCGAGGAGGCGGAGGUUAGGGCUUCUUAUCUGGCUAUCCCUAUACUAUUUGCUAGGGAGGCGGCGAAUGCAGAGAAGGAUGAGAAGACCCGUCUUGAGAGGGGUUUGCAUCGCGGAGAGCAGAAGAAGCUUAAGAGAAAGAAGAAGAGGGAGGCGGAGCUGGCGAUGGGCAAGGGGGAUGAACUGGGGCAGAGUGAUCCGAUGGAAACUCAGUAA